AUCAAAAUCUGAAAUAGGAGCCUGCGAUGCGAGUGUCGGAGUCGGUUUCUUCAAGCAUCAAGUACUAAGAAAGAAAGAAGAGCCCUAUUUUCCUUUUCCUUUUCCUUUUCCUUUUGUUGCCCUUUCCCUCUUCCCUCUGCUCUCAAUUUUAUAUUUUAAUUUUCCUCAGCCCUUUCUCUUUUCCCUUUCGUAUCACAAAAAACAGCCACGCGCCACUGUUGCUAGAUUCACACCAACUCUCUCUGCCCCGGACUCAGAUUCCGGGUCGGGUCGUUCCCAUUUUCCAUCUACAUGGGCGAUCUUCAUGUGAACGGCGUCGUUUUCGGGGAGGAUCGCCCCUGCGCCUCCUCCCCGCCUUCGCCGCCGCUUCCACCUUCUAAUCCCGAUCCGUCCUCCGUCUCGCCGGACGCUUGGUCGGCGGCCGAGAAAACCACCGCCGAGAUUCUCCGCCGCAUACGGCCGACCGUCGCCGCUGACCGGAGACGGAGGGAGGUUGUUGAUUACGUCCAGAGACUCAUUCGAUCCGGCGCUCGCUGCGAGGUUUUUCCAUAUGGGUCAGUUCCAUUAAAAACAUAUCUUCCGGAUGGUGAUAUUGAUUUGACUGCCCUCAGUUAUCAAAAUGUUGAGGAUGGUUUGGUAUCUGAAGUUCACGCUGUUCUUCAGGAAGAGGAAAUCAAUGAAGCUGCUGAAUAUGAAGUAAAGGAUGUUCGUUUCAUUGAUGCAGAGGUUAAACUUGUUAAAUGUAUUGUACAGAAUAUUGUUGUAGACAUCUCUUUCAAUCAGCUAGGAGGACUUAGUACAUUAUGUUUUCUUGAGAAGGUUGAUCGACUUGUUGCCAAGGAUCAUCUUUUCAAACGUAGUAUUAUCCUGAUAAAAGCUUGGUGCUAUUAUGAGAGUCGUGUUCUGGGUGCCCACCAUGGCCUGAUUUCAACAUAUGCUUUGGAAACACUGGUGCUGUAUAUUUUCCAUCAAUUUCAUGUGUCCUUAGAUGGUCCUCUAGCAGUUCUUUACAGAUUUUUGGACUACUUCAGCAAAUUCGACUGGGACAAUUAUUGUGUUAGUUUGAAGGGACCGGUUAGCAAAACUUCUCUGCCUAACAUUGUUGCUGAGGUGCCAGAAAAUGGGGGAAAUACUCUGCUGACUGAAGAAUUCAUUAGAAGCUGUGUAGAAUCAUUCUCGGUACCUUCAAGGGGGCUGGAUUUAAAUUUGCGUGCAUUUUCCCAGAAACAUCUAAACAUCAUUGAUCCAUUAAAGGAAAACAAUAAUCUGGGUCGCAGUGUUAAUAAAGGUAAUUUCUAUCGAAUACGCAGUGCAUUUAAGUAUGGUGCCCGUAAACUUGGCUGGAUUCUUAUGUUACCAGAAGAUAGAAUAGCUGAUGAGCUUAAUAAGUUCUUUGCAAACACAUUAGUUAGGCAUGGAAAUGCUCAAGGGAAUGAAGACAAGUCAUUUUUGUGUUUAUCUACUGGAUCCAUAUGGAAACCUGGAAAUCAACAUAAUUAUGAAACCAGAAAUGAAAAAGAAAGGUAUGCAGUUAAAGAUGUCCCCUCUUUGGCAGGGCCAUUAUUUGACUCCUCUUGGGAUGGAAAUGCUGUUGCAAGUUUCAAAUUUCGUGAAGAUUCAAAGGAUGUUCCAACAUCUGAAGUCUUGGAUAUUGCAAGCACUGGUGGUUUGUCAUAUUGUUCAAAUGGGAAAUUUGAAAGUAGUUUAUCUAGUGGUGAAUCAUUUGUAAAUUCUGUUAUUGAUGAUGAGAAAGAAAAGCAUGGUAUGGCAAGCAAUUCUCCCGGAUCACAUACUGAUGAAAAGAAUAUAGCAUCUUAUGGUUUGGCAGUUUCGAAAGAUGCUAUUGUCCUUGAAAAUAGUUUCUUUAAUAGUGAUAGACCUACUAGUGUUUCUGAGGGCACUGAAGGUUCAAAAUCGUUGUUGGACCUUACUGGGGAUUAUGACAGUCACAUUGGGAACUUACAAUAUGGUCAGAUGUGUAAUGGUUAUACUUUCUCUCCAGUUGUUGUGCCUAGUCCUCCUAGGUCUCCAAAGUUUCAGAACAGGAAUCCGUGGGAAACUGUUCGUCAAUGUCUACAGAUUAAUCACAGCAUUCAUUCUCAGACAAACUCAAAUUGUGUCAUGGGUCAACAACUUUAUGUAAUAAAUCAUCCUACUCUACCAAUGGCUUUUGGUCCGGAAGAGAAGAGAAAAUUACGAGGAACUGGCGCAUACUUCCCUAAUAUGACUUCUCGAUCAUACAGGGACAAUAGGCCAAUACCAGGGAGGGGAAGGGGUCAAGCACCAGGUAUUCAUGGACAUAUUCAGAGACACACUCGUAACAGUGGCAUGGCCCUAGCUCCACAAGAGACAAAUUUGUCUGCAGAAGGAACUUUUGAGCAUACUGCAGAAGGAUAUCCUGCCCUUGGUAGUACUAAAACAAGAUCAUCUGAAACAUAUUUCUCUCAACCUUCAACAUGGGGAUCACGCUAUGCUAAUGGCAUUCACUCAACUGAAAUACACGAGUCUGGAUCCAUGAGCCCUCAGCUUCCUGUAUUGCCAAGAACUGAAGUGAGCAAUUACCCAGAUUCUGGCAUUUCUCCUUCUAGGGGCACAGUGCCCAACACUGGGGCAGUGACUGAGGAGAGGUCUAAUCCACUGUCUCUAGUUGAUUCCAAAAGGGUUGAAGUGCAAGCUUAUCAUUUGAAGAAUGAAGAUGACUUUCCUCCACUUUCCCACUGAGUGCCACUAAAGGAUGGUGAAUAUGUAAUAGCAUUAACAGUAAUGGUCAAUACAUGGAAACUAUUAUGACUUGCCUACCUUUCAGCAGGUGCUACCAAAGGAUGGCGAUUUUGUAAGAAGUAAGAACAAUGUGCAUUCGUCUCAAAAAUGAAGAUAGCUUCCCUCAACUCUGGGUGUCUUCUAGAGAUUGGUGAACGCAUAGAAAUGAGAGUACCAAAUAAGUAGAAAUAUGCUGGGAUAGCCAUAGAUACUAACAAACUAGACUAAACUAGAUUGAGUGUUGUUAUCCUUAUUCUCUCUUACAGUUUGUCUUUUGUACAGAAGUGCAUGUAUAUUCUGGUUACCUUUUUUGUCUCAUACAUCCGUUUUUAUUUUUCAUUAUUUAGGGAUGUAUAUAUCAGGUGAUUUCCUGAGGUUGAGUUUAUAGUUCUGUUCUGUUGUUUGUAGUUUUGAAGUGUAAAACCAAAAGUUUUAGAUAUCUUACUGGAAUGGAUACCCGGAAUUUCUGUCACCUGCUGCCCUGCAGUAAAUAUAUUUUAGUGUGUUUACCUUGGCAUUUGGGUGUUUUUGCCCAUGAUUUUAUGCGUGGCCAUGCUUGAUGUACACAAGAAAGGCUUCAAUGUUUCAUAUGCUUUAUCUCCAGUGAGGAGAGGCGACCGAAAAUAUCUGUGAUGCACCCCCAACUCUUUACUAGCUGUGGUUUUUUUUGCAGCCCGUUGACUUUGAUGAUUUUUUCUAGUGUAUAUACAAUAUGAUAGAUUAGGUGCUGAGUUGUGAAUUUAAUAAAGGUGGCCUAGUCAGUUUAUUUUUAUUUUUCUACCUUGGGCGGGAGGCUGUGGUGGUCUGGUGUUGGAUAAAAGGGAAUAAAUGAAAGCUUAAGUAAAGUAAUACUUCUGGAGGACAAAAUGGAGUGCUUUCUUAAAAUGGUUUAGUCAUGACGUGAAAAGAAG